AUGCCACCGGACCCCAACGUUGAGCAAAUCAUCAAAUUGAUUUCAUGUGAUCUUAUCUGAAUAAUCUAGUGCAUUAUUCGUACCCUCUGCAAUCAGACAAAUCUGCUAGGUUGGACAUUACCUGUGGAUUUGGCUGGCAUUCUCCUUAUUCCUUGUAUACAGAUAAUUCAUGGGCAUAUUAGUUUCAAUAUUCUAUUGCGAAAAGCAUAUUUCUUAGUGCAUUUUAAUGUAAACGAGCACAGCUAGAGCAUAUAUAUUGCAUGCCCAAUUGAGAGAAUUAUUCAUUGAUAGAGCAUACCCAAUUGAGAGAGUUAUUCAUUGCUAUAAUUUGGGUUUUAGCUUAAGUGAGAAAUAUAUAGUUGAGCUUAACCAGCAAUACAAUCGAAAUGGGUCGAGGUGUUUGCAGUGGAGGGGGGCAAAGCUCAUUGGGAUAUCUGUUUGGAGGAGAAGCCUCAGUGCCCACAAAAGACCCCCCUCCAAACAAUGACAAUAAAAGGCCCAUCUCAAAUAACUAUCAUCGUGCAGAAGGCCAAAACAGUGGGAAUUUCAUCACUGAUCGACCUUCAACAAAAGUGCAGAGUGCACCAGGUGGAGGGUCUUCUCUUGGCUAUCUCUUUGGAGGACAGAAAUGAGAAGCUCAAUCGUCUGUGUGUGUGUUCUUGAUCGAAGAUGACUCUUUGGAUUGGGAACUGUGUAUAAACAAUACCAGUUUUUCUUGGAAGAAAAACCAAAAUAAUAGUUCUCACAAGUUUGGUCAUCUCAAUCCCUUGAGACAUUUGUUUGUUGCUUGUAUUGCUGGAAAACAAUCCAUGUUAGACGUUAUGUAUUAUCUUCUUCAUAACGUAAAUCUGGGUUAGUUUUGUGUUUAUUGUACGCCUCACUUUUUGAGCUUUGUAUUAAUAAUAUUUGAUUUGAACAUUCAGUAUGAA